CUUCCAUGGGAUCCUACGUUAGCUAUAGCUUUGCUUUCGUCUUUAUAUAAACCGUCCUCUUCGUCACACCUCUUCUAUUUAUCGCAAGCACAGCCCCCAAAUCCCAAACCAACCAUGAAGAAGCAGAAUCUCCUCCUCGUCAUCUUUUCUCUCUUUCUUUUCCUCAUCAUCUCAUCACAUGCUCGUCGUCUUCCACAAGACCAAGCCUCAGCAACCGCCGCUGCAGAUCAUGAUGACAUCAUGGACCUGAUGGGAUCGGAAGAAUGCCAUGAGAAAGAUGAAGAGUGUCUCCAGCGAAGGAUGGUUGCAGAAGCUCACCUGGAUUAUAUCUACACCCAGCACCAGAAGCCAUAGGCACAUCAAAUGGGAAUAGGAUUCCCAGAUGCUGAGUAGUAGUAUUACCAUAUAACUACGGACUUGUGCUGCACAGAAUAAUAGCAGUGAGAUGCCAAAUCUUAGAAGUAUAGCAUAGAACCAAAAACGUAUGUAACCCACAUGUUGGUAUGAAUCAUAUAUAAAACUGUUACGUUAUCACUGAUUGG